GGUUAUCAUGCCAAAAACGGAGCUACUUAAAGUUAUAUUCGAUCAACCUGACGAAGUGUUCUUCCCGGGACAGCCGAUUUCCGGGCGAGUGGUGCUCACAACGAAAGAAAACUAUAAGGCUCGGGCGGUGAAUAUCAAGAUCUUGGGAUUGGCUCACACCAGCUGGAAGAACUACGAAAAUGCUUGCAAAUUUAAUGGCAGCUCAAUCUCGAUCCGCCCACGAUCAAUUCAUUACUCCGCAAAUGUGAACUACCUCGACUACACCCAGCUUCUUUGGACUUGCGAAGAUGGAAAGAACGAAUUGGCAGCUGGAGAAUACGUGUGGCCAUUCUCCUAUACUCUUCCCACCAGUAUUCCACCAAGCUUCGAAGGAAAAUAUGGAUAUGUGAGAUAUACUGUGAAGGUUGAAGUGGAUCGGCCAUGGCGUAAAGACAAAGCCAAGAAGAUGUGCAUUACUGUUUCUCCAUUGCUUGAUCUCAAUGUCAUUCCGCACUCGCUCACUCAAAUCAACCACCAAGCCAGUGAAAAUAUCAGUUUCUGUUGCUUUCAAGGGGGAAUUCUCGAGAUGAGUUUGAACAUCCCAAAAACUGGAUUUGUUCCCGGCGAAACUGUUCCCCUGAAUGUCCAUCUUAUAAAUCACUCCUCGACCAGUGUUAACAACAUCAAAGCGCAAAUGCUGCAGCAGUGCAAGUUCACUGGAUACAAAAGUGGUGCAACUUACAAUUAUGGUGGUGAUUUUGAAAGAAAUGAAAAAAUGUCCGAUAAAAUCCAAAGAAUAAAGUUUGACACGAAGAAGGUCGUCAAGGUAUGUCAGAAACUGGAAGUGCCUGCCAAAAAUGAGCACAAGUUCGUGCUGGAACUCCGUAUUCCGUCUGUAACUCCAACCAUCAAUCAGUUCUCUCCUGUGAUUACGGUAGAGUACAUUUUACAAGUCAAUGUAGACGGUCUAGUUCGUUGCGAGUCGUCAAUCUUACUUGGAUCCGUUCCUAUUCACCAGUACCUCCCACCUGCCUACUAUCAACAGGAUCCAAAUCUCCCGCCGAGCAAGCCAACUCCGAUUGGAGCUCCACCGCCCGGUUACGGACCUCUACCGACCGACGAUUCCGAGAAAGGCGCCGAUGCACCGUAUCCACUUGACCUCUAUCCUAAUGUCAAUGAUGAGAAAGUUCCAAACCCAAACGAAGAUCCGACCAAGGAUGGCACUGCAGUGCUUCCAAGUGCACCACCGUCCUACCAAGAAUCAAUGUAUGGUAAAGCAGGCACCGUGCUCGACGCCAAAGAGAAUGGACCAUAUGUUCCGAAAUAUCCCGUAUUCAACAAUUUGCCAGUCUAUAACCCAACUGCUCCGCCUCCAGAGUAACAAAUUCUAAUCUGAGUCAGCCUGCUUUUCGCCUUGAAUUGUUCAAAAACACUUUGUUCGCUUUUUUGCCUGUAUUUACUGUUUGUCCCCCGUUAAGUUUUGUUCUCAAAUUCCCAAUGCAUAAGUUAAUAAAUUACUUGUUUUCGU